GAAUGACAGAAGACUUUCUUUUAUCAACAGUCACGUCAACUUUUUAUACAUGUUUUGAAAAAUUGCGUUAAAUAUUUUUUAAGUGUUUUAUGCUAUUUAUCCCAAUGGGUACAAUGUUAUGGUCGUAGAAGCGGAGGCAAAAUGUCACACAACGAAAUACUGCAGAGGCAGGAGCAGAACACCGCCAAGCUGGUGAUGAACACCUUCUACAAGGUGGCCGGCACUGAUGGCGUCACAGCAGACGAAAUCACAAGGUACCUGCAAGAGAAAUUCGGCGAUGUAUGGCGGAUGAACGCGUUGACGGGCAAAGCUGAAGAGACGCUAAAGCGCAGUGCGGCUCUGGGUUUCCUGGACAGGCUCGGCGACCGGUAUGUGGCGAAGAUCGCCCGCGAGAUGGGCUGUUGCCGGCGUCGCCGCAAGCGCCGGCGCAGUUGCCGCCGGAAGAAAAAAAGGCGUCGCAGCUGCCGCCGACGCCGCCGCCGUCGCAGCCGCCGCCGCCGCCGCAGGAAGCGCUCCUGCUGUUGCGGGAAGUAG